UCUCUCUCCAUCUCUCCCUCUCUCCCUCUCUCUCCACGCCGUGCGUCCCCCCUCGCCGCUCCAGCCUGCAGAGUUUUCCGUCCUGUGUCAGGAUAACAUCGUAAACGAGGACCACCUGACGGUAAGACCGGACUAAAUGGAAGCAGCGGAGAAAACUCUCACUUACCGAGAUGACACCGGACUUCACAGCAAGCUGCUCACGAACGACAAGACGAAGGGGAACGACAGGAAGGGGAAGGACCAGACCACCGAGACGAACAGCGACGAGUCCAACUAUGUGGAUCUGGACAUGAAACCUGAGGGCCCGAAAACGGUGAAAGUGACUUUCACCGGUGAAGGGAACCAGCUGUCUGUGAUCAAAUGCGACAGCUCGAAGCAGGGGCAGCAUGAGAUCAUUUCAGAGGAGCGGGACCCCGGACCUCCGUCUGCUGAGCCUCCCCUGGAAACUCUGACCAAACUUCCCAACACCGAUCAGGACUCAGAGAAUGAGAAGCAGCGCCAGGCCGAGCUCGACCCCAGUGACUGCAGUGAACAUGUGUGCAGUGAGAGCGAUGAGCUCCAGUACACGGACAUGUAUCUGAACAGCAAGACCGAGUCCGAUGACGGCGCCAGCGCGGUGCUGUCCGACCACUGCGGCUCCGACACGGUGGAGGACGAGUCCCACUAUAUCACCACGCACGAAAUCCAGCUGACCGAGCUCGACCACGACGUAGAUUACGACCUGGGCCGAGGGACGUGCUGGGAUUUCGAAGACGACAACCUGGUCUAUUCCUUUGUGGAUUACGCCUCUUUUGAAAGCGAUGAAACUCAGGAGGGGACUUUGAUACUGGAGGGCAGGAGCCAGGCGAAAGUGCAGUCUAAUCUUGGUGGAGCAGUUGUCAGCACUGAGCAGGAGGAGAGUGAUCUGUGUGACUCGGAUAAAUGCGCCAGCUCAGAUGAAAGUAUGUGUAAAAACCACGGCGGAGACCCCAACGCAGGGAAAAUUCACUUUUCGAUAAAAACAUCCUCCAGAGCGGUGAGCGACCCCGUCAGUGUCUUUGACAGCGGCACAUGCGGCUAUCCAAAACACUUUGGAGACAGGAGCCAUGUCUCCUUUGUGAGUUCUGGCGCCAGAGCGGGGCCCCUGUGCGACAGAGCCCAAUAUUUCAUCCCUGCUCCGGGCCGUCAGCACCUUGCAACCAAACUGAGACGGAAAGAUAUUAAUGAGUAUUCCAGUGGAGCGUCCAGCUCCAUCAGUGAGCUGGACGACGCUGAUAAGGAGGUGCGUAAUUUAACCGCAAAGUCUUUCCGGAGCUUGGCAUGUCCAUACUUCGAUGCCAUUAAUCUUAGCACCUCCAGCGAAUCGUCUGUGUCGGAAUAUGGGCUGAAUAAAUGGUCGGCUUAUGUAGACUGGAAUUAUGGAAACAUAUCGCGGGGACGUGAGCGCAGCGUAAUUGCGCACAAGACUUCCAGCGCAACGUUGGAAAUGAGCAAGGCUGUGGACAGUAUGAAGCAUGGUAAGUCUGGUACCGGCAUGAAAGCUCCCCAAACCAAAAUGUAUGCCCUAAACAGGAGAACAACAUCUCAGCAAGCAUCAUCUUCUAGUAAAAAGAUCCAGCUGAAGGAUCCUGUUCAGCCUGCGCAGCGUGGAGUCACGUUGAAUUUCCGCUGCAAUGUUCAAUCUCACGAAUCAAGCAGGGCUUCCAAAUGUUCCAAGAAGGCUCGAUCCAAUGAGUUUACCGGGACUGUGUUGGCCAGGUCCGGGUGUGAGAUGCAGUACCACCACACAGACGGCAUGGGGGACACACACAAAAGGGCAAUUUUUGCAUCCAGUCUGCUGAAAAACGUGAUUUCCAAAAAGAUGCAGUUUGAGCAGGAGCGAAAAAUGGAGAGGGGGGAAAUCUGUGACACGUAUCCAGCACUGUCACCCUCUUUUCAGACAAAAGAUCAAGGAAGAGGGUUGCAAAGGCAAACCUCAGAGUCAGGCUCAGGAUUUACUGUUAAUUCUGCUGAAGAUCAGGGCAGACCCAGUUCCUGCGGGCCUGCAGAGGAGACGAAAGGCAGCAAAGCCCCAGAUGAUUCAGAAAAGGGCCAAGAUGAGCCUCAAAAAGCACCACUUAUCCACAGUCAAAGUAGUGCAUUUAAUUCUUUAAAAGAAGGGCAGGAAGCUGUAAAAGAGGCUGAACCUACGUCUGUGAGUGACACACAGACCACAGCGAAGGAGGGUUUAGACACCAGCAGCAUGCUGACAAAACUGCUUUUUGUUCCGAGCUGCCAGCUUCUUUCAAAGGACAGAGAUUUUACAGAAGCUGUCACAGUUGCACCUGCUGGCUCGCAGAAAUGUGAAAAAGAGUUAAAUACGGGCCAUGAGGGAAACAUAGCAGGUAGAGAAGAAAAUGGUAAAGAGGGAAAAACGCCUGAGAUUAAAAUACGCCUGAGAAGUGUGAAGGAAAAUAAAGGCUGUACACUGAAUAUCGCCAGCCUCUUAACCCCUAAAAUAAGUUACAAUGUCAACACAUUCAGGGCAGCAGAUGAUGCCAAAUGCCAUGUGUUGUCUGCAGCAGAUAAGGUUCCAAACUUCACAGUUAGAGACAUAAGAGACACUAAAUGCAAGUUUCAGACACCAAUAUAUCAUGUCAGGGAUGUGCGUAAACUGGUAAAAAGCUCAUAUCGCUUUGUUUCUUUGGAUAAUAGUGAUGGUAAAUGUACCACAGCGGGUGAUAAACUUGAAGAAAAGGCCAAAAUGGAGCCAGUCAAACACUUAUUACCUUCUCCUAUUGUGAUUAAAUGCAACUCUGUUAAAACAAAUGCUAAAUCACAGACAACUGCUGCAACACAGAAACAAACAGAGGCAGGGGCCCCAUCUGAAGCAUCCCAAAGUGAUAACACACCUUGUACAGCUGGCAGGGUGCCACCUGUUGCAACCAAGCAGGGACAUACUGACCAAUCAGAGAUCCAAGCAAAUCCUGAAGGCAAACACACAAAACAGAGGCAGGAGAAGUUCACCGGUGAGACAGCAGAGAGGAGAAAUGAGCCUGUGAUACCAAAACAGGAUGCACUGGAGAAGCUAAAAGCAGCCGUCAAAACAAUGGAGCAGCUUUAUGUUUUUGAUAGAAAUGAGUGGAAGCGUAAAACUCAGGCUCCACACCCCAUCGCAGACAGCCACGUGUUGUCACUUAUUGCCAGGGAGGAGCAGGGAGGGGAGGAGCUGGAGACGGCUAGCACUGACAGGAUUCCUCUAAUAAAUGCCACAGAAACAGGGAAACCACAGGGAGAUAAAAGAACAUUGAAUAUAAUACAUGUUCCUUAUAACAGUGACACCUUUAAAACACAAUCGCAACAGGGUAAAACAUUCACUAACAAAAGCGUUCUUCAUUUUGGCAACAAAGCACAUGUUAGCGUCAGUUCGGACAGUAACCUUGUUCCACAAAGCUCUGCACUGCAAACGGCCAUGAAAAGCUCUACGACAGCGGUGACUCCACUCUCGGUGAAAAUAGAGGCACCGAAGCAUGGCCAGGCGGAGCAGGGGAAGGCCAAAGUCAGUCCCACUAACCCCUCUGCCACACAGGGCUGCUCAGACUCUGAGAACUAUUUAACCAUACCAGGGUUGGGGUAUACAAAUGAAAUCAAACUGCUGAAUCCGGAGCCGGUUUCGAAGGAGGGGAACGCAGGUGGGAGCAAAGGACCUGAGCAGAAAAGGUCUCCGUUAAUCAUGGAGUAUCCGGCUGCGACCAUCUACCAUCACUCAGCGGCAGCAUCAGGCCCUCACAUACAGCAGCAGGUGUUGUGUUUCUCUCCCACUGUCCCCACUGUGUCGCCUACUCCUUCAGCUGGAGAUUCAGUCCCGCAAACCCAACGCAAAAUGCUUCUGGACCCCACAACAGGACACUAUUACUUAGUGGACACUCCCAUGCAGGCCACCACAAAGAGACUGUUUGACCCCGAGACAGGCCAGUAUGUGGAUGUACCAGUGCCUCAUUCACCUGUUGCUCCUGUCACCCCUGUCACCCCCGUGCCUCUCUCUUUGUCUCCCCUGGCACUCAGCCCGGGAGCGUUCGCCCCCGCUUACAUGAUCUACCCUGGCCUCAUCCCCUCACCCACUCUGGCAGCCCAGGCGGUGUUGCCUCAGUCGCCUUGUCACUCGGAGGAUGCAGGUGGAGAAAAUGUCAAAAAGGCCAGAAGCCCUCGGCCGGAGAGCAGCAGUGCAGAGAAUGCGUAUUACAGCGCGACGGGAGAAGCUCCACAGGGGACUCUGAAGCUACCUGUGAGUUUGGGACACGUGACCACCAGAGGAAGCGCCGCUAACCACUUGGAGAGGAAGCCAGUCAUCAGCAUCACAACGCAACAAGGUCCAAGAAUCAUCGCCCCUCCCUCCUUCGAUGGGACGACGAUGAGCUUUGUAGUGGAGCAUCGGUGACCAAGAGAACAUCUCCUCGGACAUAUAUCUCUGUUGAGGAAUCCGCCGUCAUUCACUGUAAGUGUCACCCCACCCUGGGAUCUACUGCCAGGACAACUUCUGCCGUCAUCUCCUGCCCCCGUCCUGUUGUGUUAUUUAUCCUUACAGCAGACAUUACUGUAUUCUGUACGCAUCGCAGCACUUUGUAGAGUUAGCUCAUUCAGCCACUCUCUCUGGCUGAUGUUAUGAAUCGGCUUUGUGAUACUUUCCAUUCAGCUGCUGUCUAACACUGAUCUCUGUUUUAAUGCUGUUUGUGCCCUGCAGCAUGUCUAUUCAAAAGGAAACAAGGCAGGUCUUCUGUUACAGUUCAGUGUUAGUCAUUAUUGGUCAAGCCACCAUUUUGUUAAAAUGAGUUUAAUGCUACCAUGCGUUUAAAGUGAGACUAUGUAACUUUUGAGAAUAAAAAUAUCACUGCAUCACUCCUACAAAAGAAAAGCAGAAUAAGUUAGAAAUUAAAUGUGACUCUACUAAAGUCAGUACACUCGGAGAAUUUGUUUGCAAAAUCUCUCUUGAUCUUGUAUGACCAAAAAUGACAUCAGUUUUUAUCACAGUAGUAAAAUCAAAGCCACAGUACCUGACAACGGGUCACUUAUUCUGCUGUGUUUGGUCCCAUUGCAGUGAGUCACCCCUGCAGCCACUUUAUAGUGUCCAAACACAAAUCCCCUUAUAGCCCAAAAAGCCUUUUUGGAAGAUUUUUUCCUGUAUCCCAUGGAAAACCUUGAGACUGACUUUGGUUUAGCCUAAAGGAGGUUUUGACAAACCAUCCACCAACACAGGAGAGCUUAUCCUAAAGUCGUUUUCAGCAGAACAGAGGAACUGUUGACCAGGACUAAGGAUGAGCUGCCGAGGAAACCAUUUGUUGAACCUAAAUGAGUUCCUCCAUAGCAGUGGCAUGGUAGAAGACUUGGAGAAAAAUGAGGUUACUCAGGUAGUCAUAGAGCCCUUCAGUGGAAGAAAGAUGCCACUGGGUGGAUGAGAUUUACUUGAUGGUUAAAGCUCUGGUCACUGUGGGGCUCACUUGAUUCAUAUAUUGACACUCCUCAAUCCUUGUGCUCCAAAUAUUGUGGUAUCACGUUGCUUAGCCUCCCUAGAAAAGCUUAUAUCAUGUUGCUAGAAAGGAGGCUCUAACCUUAGAGCCAUUUUGGUUGUGGAACAGUGGACCAGCUGUUUUAUUUUGCAGAAAUCCUGAAGGGAUCAUGAGUUAGCCCACUGAGGCUUUGUGUGUUUUUACCCAGUAGCUUGUGUUAGCUACUGUGAGGUACCAGGGCCCUUUGGUUCUUGUAUAAGCGGAGUGAGGUCAAUUCCCAAAUUCUCAAGAGGUGAAGCAUAUUCAGGCUUGUGACUCACCUCUAAUUCAGUUUGUGAUUUUCACAGACAGAAUUUUUAGUCUCCUGUGGAGUCAAGUAGUGCCGAGAUACAGUUACCCAAGGAUUGCAUCUCUGCUUUUUGUGGAUGAAAUGUUUCUGCUGCCAUCAUGCUUUAACUUCCAGUGCACACUGACAUGGUUUAUGACCAGUCGUAAAGCAGAAGCAAUUAGAGUCUGGGACAUGGUUCAUGUUGGGUUACUCCUUUGCAGUUUUGAGUGAAUUACUGCCCCAAGUGGACGACUCUGGUGUCUUGUUCUGUUCGAGGGCAAAAUGGAGGGUGAGGUUUGCAAGCAGAUUCGUAGCAGCUGCACAGUUAUUGGACUGCUAUAGUGAAGAGAAAGCUGAACAAUCAGGCUUUAUGACUUGCUAGUCGAUUUACGCUUCAACCCUUAACAUUACCUAUUAGCUGUAGGUAACAACUAAAAGAAUGAGACCCGAGUGUCCGACAUGAGUUUCAUUUACAUGCUGAUGCAAAGAGAGGAUGACGAGCUGCAAGGACAGACAGAUCUAACUAUGAGGAGGUCACAGGGCAGACCCAGAAUACUGUGGAGGUAUUACAUACCCUAUCUGGUCUGGGAAUGCCUCAGGGUCCUCCAGGAAAAUGGAGGAUGUGGCCAUGAAGAAAGACAUGUGGACAAAAUGGGAUAGACUUUUGUCCCCUGGACUGGCAGUGGAAAAUGAAUGGAUUUCUGUAUAUCAAACUUCACUAUGCUAUCACAUACUGUUGAUUUUUUUAUAUUAAUAAAAAUGAUGGGAUAGACUGGGGAUGUUGAUGAUGAUGUCCUUGAAGCACAUGGCACCAACUAAGUUGGAAAAUAAAGAGGAAUUUAUGUUCAUGGAAUUGGUGAAGUCACUGUUUCACAGAAGUUACGUAGUCUCAGUUUAAAUCACACAAGUUGAUAUCUGCUUACAGUAAAUAACAUAUUGUACACAGUUUUCUGAUGACAGGGACCAUUUGUCUGCACUGAAUUUAAAAAAAAAAUCUACAGAUUAAGGGGUAAUGCAGAAUCACCUCAUGUUUUUCUUUCACUGUAAGUUCAAUCAGAAGAGGAAAUAAAAUGAUUGCAUUUUAAAAACUAUUCUAUAGACAUCCUAAGCGAAUAUAAGUAAAAUAGUGUACACUACCAUUCCAAAGUUUGGGGUCACUUACCAAUUUUUGGAAAGAAAAUCAUUUUUUAAAUGAAGAUGACAUUAAAUUAAUGAGAAAUACAGACAUUGUUCAUGUGGUAAAUGACUAUUCUAGCUGGAAACAUCUGAUUUUUAAUGGAAUACCUACAUAGAGGUACAGAGGAACAUUUCCAGCAACCAUCACUCCUGUGUUCUAAUGGUAUAUUGUGUUAAGCUAAUGGUGUUGAAAGGCUAACUGAUGAUUAGAAAACCCUUGUGCUAAUUAUGUUGUACAUGUAUAAAAGUGUGAGUUUUCAUGGAAAACAUGUAAUUGUGUGGGUGAUCCCAAACUUUUGAAUGGUAGUGUACAUCUGACAUUGCAAUGUGUCUUACUACGACUUCCAGCAAUAGUCUUCUGCAUGAUGUUAUGUUCUUUAGCAGUCAGUCACUCAUGUUCUACUUGAAGUAUGUAUAGCCUCUGAGUCAUGACUCACAAAAUGCUGCUAAUACUUUCACAACUGAUAUGCUGUAUGAGGUGGUGUGUAUUUAUAUUUUCAAGGCAGCUCCUUGGAGUUAGCAGUGAGAAAAGAAGUGAGGAGAAACGCACCAUGUGUGUUACUCAGAAGAAACAGAGCUGGGACUCUGGUUUAACGGAUACUUAAACUAAGUAGUGUUGGCCCUAAUGAGUCGGAGCCAGCUGAGGCAUUUAGAGGACAACUUCCUCUAUUUGUGUUGGUUCAGUUUACACUUUUGUGUAAAGAGAUGGGAGAUGAUGCGUGUGUGUCUGAAUGUGUCUGCGUUUGUGGCUCAGAGUUAUGUAUGGCAUUCAAACAUUCUGUGAGUACAACGAGGCGUUAUGUUACUUCACUGCAGACAGGAGUACACGGACUGUACAUGUGGUUUAGUUGGUGCGUCUUUACACACAGCAAUGUCAUGAUCUCUUUUUUUAUGUAUCUGUACCUCUUUAGUUUAAAUUGCAACAAAUUUCUAGCUAAUCACAUCCAGGCUAGGUAUUUUUAAAUACCACUUCUUCUUUUUUUCCGAUACAGUGAAGAUCAGAUUUUAUUUUCUUUUUUCAGUCCUGUUUCCAUUUGAAUGUGCAGCGGGGCACCUUGUGUUAUUGUGCUUGAUUUGACUCAGUUAUACCAGCAUCCAUGUAGAAAUACUGCAAACUGUAGAUUGCUAUUUUUAGCAUGUUUCAACACUAAACACCAAUUAAAGGUAUUUGGAGCUGCUGGUCAGUCUAUGUACCUUCAUGUAAAAUACAUAUUGUAUUGUCUCUGGGACAGCACACUUUAUAUAAAUUGCCCGAUGAGCUGAUUUCAUUCUAAGUGAUUCAUGCAGUGAUCUGGAAGAAAUGUUGACUUUUGAAAAUGACCUGCUCUUUAGAGUAAUUUGAUGUUGCAACAUUCGAUGCUUUUUGAGGUAAAAUGUGAUUUAAAUGUUCUUAUUGGUCGAACUUUUAAGAUUUUUCAGUUGAAUUUGUCCCUGAGUACCUUGAGAGCAGUGCAAAUAGAACAACUGAUGCUGUUAAAUAUUGAUUUAUAUAAAAAAAAUUCUACACUUUGUUGUACAGAUAUUACUUUAAGACAAAAACGAGAGCCAAAGAGUUUGCCAUAAACAAAUAAAAAAGUAAAUAGCCAAAGCAACAUGGUAUGAACAAGUCCAAAUGUAGAGUUUUGAUAACAAAAUAGAUAUUUUCCUAAUUUUACAUGAUAUAUUUUAGCUCAUUUACAUAUCAUUUUGAAACUCUGUAAUAUUAAAAUAAGAACCAUAUUAUAAUUUGUAAGCUCCAGUAAACCAGCUAUUCUAAUGUUAGGUACAAUCAUAAAAUGAAUAAAAAGCCAUUCUCACAUGCAUUUUGUUAGCAUCUUGUAUGACCUUUAUCUGUGAAUAAUAAUGUACUUAAUGCACUUGGAUUGUCACUCUUUUAUCACCAACGACAGCAACGAACGGCUGUAAACUCUGGUGAUAGGAGCACUAGGUGGACUUGUUGAUUUUGAAAUUAACUCAUUUUUAAUUGUCUCUGGUGAAUUUUGCUCAAAGUUGCACUGUAACAGAGAUGAUAUCAUGUGUUUAAAACAUUCUUUGAGAUGUCAUUCAAAACAAGAAAAUAUGGCAGAUUUUUUAGGUUAAAUGUGAGACUGCAUCACUGCUGGAUUUUGUGUAAAAUAAGAGGGCUCAGGUGAAGUGGUGGUGAGAUGGUUUGAGAUAAGUGCAUACAGUUUGUGACUGUUUAAAGGAAACGGGGCACCUGAUUGAAGGAAAUGUCCCAAUUACCAUGAAGUCAUCAGUGGCAUUGCGUGCCGUCUGUUUUAUUCAUGAGGUCGACUUUGUGUUGCGUGGUUGCCCCAGAAAAAAAAGGCUGAGGUCGGGAUGACAGCCGAGGGAUACCUUGAAAGGAGAAGUGAGUGCUGUGUCUGCACUUACAAUCUUGAAAGUAAGAAAUAUGAGUGUAAUGUAGACUGACAAGUCUACAUAUGUCUGCAAUAAAUUCAAAGUACAAGCUA